AUACCUCACUCAAUUGCGUUCUAAAAUCAAGAUGACUCCAUUGUUUCUUAUUUGCUACAUCAUCUACACAACUUUCACUACCAUCAUAUUGUCUCUCUUCCUCGGCUUCCGCCUCCUCCUCCACCGCCUUUUCCGUUCGAGCACAACCAAAGGGGAUGUCGGAAAUGUCAUCGCACUAUACGAAGGCACUCUCCAUCACGAGCGUCGCAACCCGGUCCACAACUCCUUCUGGUUCACUAUACGCUUCGCUCUCAUUGACCUUGACCGUGCACCCUACGCCCCGCCCACCUACCUCUCUGCUGACGAAGCUCGCCGAGCUGCCAAGACUAAUGGACCUGUAUAUCUCCUGACAACACUUCCAAGUUUGGGAUAUCGAAGCACUCCAGUGAGCUAUUACUACUGCUAUGACAUCGAAGACUCCAAGAAAAUUUUCAAGAAAUGCAUAAUUGAGGGAACUAAUACACCAUGGGGAGAAAGUAUAACAUUUGUGUUCAAUCCAAGCUCCGAUUCGGUCCCAAAAUGUCAAUAUAUAACCGGUUUCUCGGAUAUGCUUGGAUAUUGGAGGCUCAAAGUGAAUGAACCAGGAGAAGAUUUGUAUGCUUAUAUUUCAAUUGAACAUCCAAAAUUUGGCAAUAAUUAUUUUAUAGCGACUUUGAAAGCCAAGAAAGUUGAGAUCUCUUCUACAACGCCAGAUGAUCUUGAAGCAUUCUUUUGGUUGCAGCCUCAUAUGGGUUCAAUUCUUUCCUAUUGGAUUGCGCUCAAGCUUUGGUGGAAAAACGUUCAUUUCUAUGAACAUCCAAAAAAAGAGAACGCAAACUACAGGGAAGACUGUUUUAAACAAAAUGUUCAACUAUGCCCUGCAUUUGGAGGAAAAAACGCAGCCAACGACGUCGUUUCAAGCAAAGAAGCGGUAGAUCGUUGCUUCAUGUGGAAAGAAGCUCCAUGGCCAUGGUCAUGCCUAAUUGCUCCAAGGUCAUCAUUCUAAGAUAGAAAAUGUUGUUGCUUAGAUGAAAAUAAUAUGCUACAGUCAAUAUUGGGGUCUCAUAAAAAUAAAAAUCUCUCUGAAUGCAUUGUCCCAUA